AUGACUCCCGAUAAAAUUGCUAAAGUUUUAAACGCGAAAUCUGUGUCAGUGUAUGGAACCUUUAAUAUUUCGUUACCCCAAUUACCAUCGUUGGAUAAUUUACCUUUUUUUGGAACAACAACCACUGUCCGUCCAAUUGUAAUUAUUAAUCAACCAUCACCCCCAAAUCAUUAUCAGAACCAUCAUCAUCAUCAACAUAAUCAGAAUUAUAAUAAUGGUGGAUAUUACUUGGUAUUGGAACGUACUGAAGUUCCAUAUGUAAAUAAUAAUUUUUUAAAUAAUGUUCAGUUUCAAAUUCAAAGAAUUAAUUCUACAGUGGCGGCAUGUGUUGGAACAUUCAAUUUACGGCAGCAUGUACAGGGUGCAACAUUGGUUGUACGCUUAUAUAGUUGCCAAAGUCAACAGCAAUGUAAUCCGCAAUAUUUAUCCGAAAUACCACGAAGACCAUUGUGUCAGUAUUUAAUCGGCUAUCAACAAUAUCAACAAUAUGGAGGUUCAUCACCUUAUGGUAUACAAGGGCGAUCAAGCUGUUCAUCGCCCCCAUAUCAACAGCAACAAAAUGGUUGCAGUUUACCAGAGGGAACCUAUCAAUUUGUCAAUUAUGUUCCAUUAAAUGUCGUCCCACAACAGAUUCCAGGACAACGAUGGCGCAUGGAUUGUUAUAUGGCUGUGAGUGGUCGACGUAUUGCCACAUUUUCAUUAUACGCUCGAUGUGGAUCUACUAAUGAUAAUUUUAUUAGUGGAAGCAGUACCAAUACGCAACCAUUAAUUAUAACGAAUGCUUUACAAGUGGCACAAUUUGAACGGUUAACCGCUACAGCAGUCAAUAGUAUUGAAGAGAAUAAUGAUACUGAAGUAACGACGAUUGUUCCAGAAGCAUUUUCUGUAUCUUAA